GCCUCACUUCCGCCCGUGCGGGGAACCCCGCAGCGGAUAUAGCGGCGCCCGCUUCCGGCCUGGCCCCUUUUCGGUCGCGGCUGCCCGCACGCCGCCAUGCCCCUGGCCAAGGACUUGCUGCACCCUUCCCCUGAGGAGGAGAAGAGGAAGCACAAGAAGAAGCGGCUGGUGCAGAGCCCCAACUCCUACUUCAUGGACGUCAAGUGCCCGGGUUGUUACAAGAUCACUACGGUGUUUAGCCACGCUCAGACCGUCGUUUUGUGCGUGGGCUGCUCGACCGUGUUGUGCCAGCCCACGGGGGGCAAGGCGAGGCUGACAGAAGGCUGCUCUUUCAGACGAAAGCAGCAUUAAGCGGAGGGAGUAGGGGAUGGCUGCGACUACUCGGACAGACGGCCGCACAGAGCAGGGGCUGCCACCGUGGAGCUGCGUCCCCGGAAGGCCAACCACGAAUGUGACUUUCGUACUGUCCCUGUAGCCCCACCCAUCUUUCUGUCAAUAAAUUUUGGAUAAAAUACAUACAAA